ACCAAACAGGAUCUUGCGAUUGCGGCCGGGCUCUUCAGUCUUCGAAGGUCGUCCUUCUUCCUCGCCGUCUUCUUGCUUCUCAGCGCAACUCGUCUCUGCUUUCGUGCUUUAUUCAUCUGCUUGUGUCAAAUUGUCGUUCGCCGAGCUGUGUGCGUGCGACGCUCUGAAUCUGCCAAGUUGUGCGCGCGUCCUUCAUCUCGUCUGAGCUCUGUGCGUGCUGCUCUGAAUCCUUGAACUCAACAGAGCUUGCAACAAAUAUCAAUGGCUUACAGACGCUGUCUCUUGAUAAGAGGAAAACUCAUUGAUCAGAAAUGCCACCCAUCUUUAAGUUAUCUUUUCCAUAGUGAUGAACGUAUAUGUGAAUGUCCAGAUGAAAAAUUACCUGCAGCAGAAGUUGGUCAUCUUCUCCAGAGAAGGUCAUUUGGCAGCUCUAUAAAUGUAUCACCAGGGUUUGCUGCCUCUUCUCAGCUUGCAAUAAAUUCAAAUAGUUUCCUCGUCCCAUGCUCAGGAUAUUCUUUUUGCCAAUAUAUGUCUACAAUCAAUCAGGGUUCUAAUAAUAUUGAGUUCACGAGUGAUGUAGCAAAUGUCCUAACAGACAAAACCUUGGAGGCUAUUGCUUCCCAGGCUCCUAUACUUAAUGAAGUUGCCAUAGCUUCUGCUGAUUCAUUUUUACCUGUUCAAGCUUUGCAGUAUUUCAUAGAUUACGUGCAUACCUACACUGGUUUAAACUGGUGGGCAGCUAUUACUCUAACAACCCUUCUUAUUCGAGGUGCAACACUCCCACUCUUAAUAAAUCAACUCAAGGCCACCAGUAAGCUUACUCUAAUGAGGCCUCACUUGGAGGACAUUAAGCAAGAGAUGCAAGAUAAGGCUAUGGAUCCCAUGGCUGUUGCUGAAGGUCAAAAGAAGAUGAAGAAGCUGUUCAAUGAAUAUGGUGUGAGUCCAUUUACUCCACUGAAAGGACUCUUUAUUCAAGGUCCUAUCUUUGUCAGCUUUUUCCUUGCAAUAAGAAACAUGGCUGAAAAAAUGCCAUCAUUCAAAAAUGGUGGAGCCUACUGGUUCCUUGAUCUCUCAACACCAGAUAGCUUGUACAUUCUGCCAAUUCUGACUGCAUUGUCAUUCUUGAUAACAGUAGAGGACGUAGGAUACAAGAUAUACCCUAAACCUAGACACGUGUCCCAAAAGUGCAAUAUGCAAGAGGGUAUGGAAGGAAAUCCUGUUGCUGGCACCAUGAAAAAUGUCUCUAGGGGUCUUGCUGUUCUUACCGUUCCUUUUACCAUGGCGUUUCCAAAGGCUAUAUUUUGUUAUUGGGUUACAUCAAAUUUGUUUUCACUCGUGUACGGACUUGGGCUUAAAGUUCCUGGCGUUAAGAAAGCAUUGGGCGUUCCAGAAAUACCUGCUGCUGCACCCACCAACACACCACAAUCUCCAUUUUCCUUCUUUCCUGCGCUAAAGAAAGGUUCAUCUGCGACAACAGAAUCAAGCUCAGCGCCAGUUGUACAAUCGAAACUUCCAGGUCAGAAGAUAUCUUCUUCAUCUGUCAUUAGUCAGAGGCUUCGAAGUUUAGAGAAACAAGUCAAAGGAAGAAAGAAGAACAAGAAGCUCUGAGCAAGACUUUCACCUUCCUGGACCAUGGACCAUGCCAUCUGAAUGUGGCCAUGAUUUGAUUUUGUAAUAUUUAUGAUCCUCUGAUGUAGUAAUUAGGAAUUUAUAAUAUAUUAGUUGGAUUAAGAGGCUAGGUAAUGAAUCCUAUUAAUUUACGAUGAUAUGCGAUUUCUUGAGGGAACUUUUUGUUCUGGCUUAACUUCAUACUAAAAAUAAAAGUCCCAGUUUCUAGAUUUUUUUUUUUUUUUGGGGGAGUAGGUUGCUGUUAAAAGGGCAACCUUACAUGUGUCCAUACUGAUUCAUCAUGGCGUCGAAUGUUUGUUCCUGGGAAACGCUCAAGUUUUCAAGUAUUACUUAGAACAACUUGUGUAAUAGAUGUACAAAACAAUGUUGUUCAGUGUCCUACCAAAUGUGAUGAUGAGUUACAAGAGCAAGAAUUAUAUUUACUUUUUAACUUUAAA